CUCCGUCGAAUCCUCCCCCUCCUCCACGCAGACGCAGCUCCCUCUCCUCUCAGCCCCCACCCAUCGAGCCGCUAGCGCCGGCGCCCGGCGGCGGUAUGGAGGCUGGUGGCGAGGAGUUCGCGAUCGGCGUGGUGCUCUCCGCGAAGACCACCCUGGGGGAGGAGUUCGAGGGCCAGAUCGUCGCCUUCGAUCGACCCUCCAACCUCCUCGUUAUCCAGGAGGGCGUGGGGAGGGCGGAGAGCGGAGAGCGGCGGAACGUGAGGGUGCUGAAGGCGAACUACAUCCGGGAGUUCUCUGUGCUCAGCAAGGGAGACGACCCUCUCGAUCCUGCCGGUUGCAUGCUGGACCUUAACUCCAUUUAUGCCCGGGAGGAUGCUGCACUCAGGCAAGCAGAGAUUGAAGCUGAGAAAAUUGGUGUUGGUGUCACCCCAGAAGCUCAAAAUAUAUUCGAUGCGCUGUCCAAGACGCUUCCGGUGCAGUGGGACAAGACUGACAUUGUUGUAAUGAAGGAGGUUCGUGUACGCAGCCCGUACCUGCCUGAAAAUGUUAGUGGAGGAACAGCUGCAGCAAACGAACGCGUUAAGAAAGUGAUUGACUUUGAAAGGAAAAGAUUACAUUCACGUGCACCUGGCCAAUUCUCUUAACCUAAAAGUAUUGAUUUUUUUUUACAUUAGCAUGUGUUUCUGAUACUGCGGCCCGUUUUAUUAUUCUCAUCGGUGGGGUUUUCCAUAAAAUAUUUCAGCAAAAAUGUGGUAAUAAUCACAUCAACUAGCUUGUUUAUGAACUGUUUGAUAGAUGACUUGUUGUAAUUGAAUUGAUUAUAAGCCCUCUGUAUUUAGGACUGUUAGAUUGAUAAUAAUCUCCUCUUUUUUGAAAA